ACAAAGAGACGGACGAGAAUACUUCUCUCCCCGUAGAUAGAUGGAACCUGAUGGUGCAUCAUUCUCGCCACAGAUCUAUUUCCUCUAUGAUUUCUCUUAAGUUUCUUUAACUGUCUUAUCGCAGUACCGUAGGCGCACAUUCAGCACUUCUCAGUGUCAUUGGAUGGCUCUGUGCGGUACCACGGUUACAAAUGCUCAAAAAAUGGCUGCUUAUAACGGUGGAUCCUCUGCAGUGGUUGCCCAUCACCCCCAUCACCACCACCAGUUGCAGCAUCUUCCGCCUCCCCACAUGCACCAUCAUCACCACCACGCCGGCCAGCAUCACUUGCCGCACCCGGGCUCUGCCGCGGCCGUGCACACGGCCCAGCAGCACUCCUCCACAGCAGCCGCUGCCGCCGUGAUGCUCAACCCAGGACAGCAGCAGCCCUACUUCCCCUCUCCUGCACCCGGACAAGCCCCCGGCCCGGCAGCUGCCGCGGCUCCUGGGCAGGUUCAGGCCGCUGCCGUCAAAGCUCACCACCACCACCUGCAGCAGCAGCUGGACAUAGAACCCGACAGGCCCAUUGGCUACGGAGCAUUUGGAGUUGUCUGGUCAGUGACAGACCCUCGAGAUGGAAAGCGAGUUGCCCUUAAAAAGAUGCCCAAUGUCUUCCAAAACCUUGUGUCUUGCAAGAGAGUAUUUCGGGAGCUGAAGAUGCUGUGUUUCUUCAAACAUGAAAAUGUACUCUCUGCUUUGGACAUACUUCAACCUCCACAUAUCGACUACUUUGAAGAAAUCUAUGUGGUGACCGAACUGAUGCAAAGUGACCUCCAUAAGAUCAUUGUGUCACCGCAACCACUGAGCUCAGAUCAUGCCAAAGUUUUUCUGUAUCAGAUUCUACGAGGACUUAAAUACCUUCACUCAGCUGGCAUUCUACACAGAGACAUCAAACCUGGCAACCUCCUGGUUAACAGCAACUGUGUACUCAAGAUCUGUGAUUUUGGCCUGGCCCGUGUGGAGGAGACUGACGAGUCACGGCACAUGACUCAGGAGGUAGUGACACAGUACUACAGAGCCCCAGAGAUCCUCAUGGGAAGCCGCCACUACUCCAACUCCAUUGACAUCUGGUCUGUGGGAUGCAUUUUUGCUGAGCUGCUGGGACGUCGCAUCCUGUUCCAAGCCCAAAGUCCCAUUCAACAGCUGGAUUUAAUCACUGACCUGUUGGGGACUCCUUCUAUGGAGGCAAUGAGGACAGCAUGUGAAGGUGCUCGUGCACACAUUCUCAGAGGACCUCAAAAACAGCCAUCCCUCCCUGUUCUCUACACACUGUCUAGCCAAGCAACCCAUGAAGCUGUUCAUCUCCUCUGCAGGAUGCUGGUCUUUGAUCCGUCAAAGCGGAUUUCGGCAAAGGAUGCCCUUGCUCACCCUUAUCUGGACGAGGGUCGACUGCGCUACCACACGUGCAUGUGCAAAUGCUGCUACACCACAUCCUCUGGGCGAGUGUACACCAGUGACUUUGAACCUGUCACCAAUCUCAAGUUUGAUGAUGGCUUUGAGAAGAACCUGAGCUCUGUACGACAGGUCAAAGAGAUCAUUCAUCAGUUCAUUUUGGAACAGCAAAAGGGUAGUCGAGUGCCACUCUGCAUCAACCCUCAGUCAGCUGCUUUCAAAAGCUUCAUCAGUUCCACAGUGGCUCAGCCGUCUGAAAUGCCUCCAUCACCAUUGGUGUGGGAAUAGCAUCUACUCUACAUCAUCACCUUUCCCAAAAGGAUAGGCUGCUGAACGAGGAACAAGAAGGCGUCGGAAUGUCUGCUCUGAUCUGCGUAGCGUUUCACUGGAGAGCAGGUGUCAAUGAUCUGCCAUCUGUGCACACCUAUGAAAAAUUAAGAGAAAUUGCUUUAUGGUCUGGUUUAGAGAAUUUGGCAUGCAAGGGUUUGAAAUAUUCUAGCCACCAAAUCACGUUUUAAGCAACUUAUUUUUAUCACUCCCAGCUAGAUAAGCCCCUUGUGUACAGGGAUUUAAUAGAUGCUGUAUUAUAAAUUUGUAUAAAUAGUGUUAAUAUAUGUAAGUACAGAUUUCUAUUUUGAAGUUUAUAGUUUAAGUAAAUUGAAUAAUUCCCCUUGCUCGGGUACUUAGCAUUAAAUCCCACACUUUCACAUCUAUAUUGGUAAAUUGCCAAAUUGGCACUAC